CCUGUUCUUUCUCAAUCUCCGUCUCAGUGAAAAUUUUGAAAACUCCUGUCCACGCCAUACUCGACUCUGGAGCGUCGCCAUGCUCACUUCAAAUGGUAAUGAUGCAAGAAUCCCACGCAUUACAGGAAGCUAGAAACAGUAGUCACUGAUUUAUCAGAAAUCUUAACUCGAUGGAGUUCACGGAGGCUUACAGGCAGACCGGGCCUUGCUGUUUCUCGCCGAACGCUCGUUACAUUGCUGUUGCGGUUGAUUACCGCCUCGUCAUUCGCGAUACUUUGUCGUUCAAGGUUGUGCAGCUGUUCUCAUGCUUGGAUAAGAUAAGCUACAUAGAGUGGGCUCUUGAUUCUGAAUACAUUCUUUGUGGCCUCUUUAAGAGACCGAUGAUACAGGCAUGGUCAUUAACCCAACCUGAAUGGACAUGCAAAAUAGAUGAAGGGCCUGCUGGUAUAGCUUAUGCUAGGUGGAGCCCUGAUAGUCGUCAUAUACUUACUACAUCAGAUUUCCAAUUGAGGUUAACAGUUUGGUCUUUGGUGAACACAGCAUGUGUUCAUGUUCAAUGGCCAAAACAUGCUUCCAAGGGAGUCUCAUUCACUCAAGAUGGAAAAUUCGCGGCAAUCUGCACCAGGCGUGACUGCAAAGACUAUGUAAAUCUGCUAUCUUGUCAAACAUGGGAGAUCAUGGGUAUUUUUGCUGUUGACACGCUGGAUUUGGCUGAUAUUGAAUGGUCACCAGAUGAUAGUGCCAUUGUAAUGUGGGAUUCACCUCUUGAGUACAAGGUUCUUAUAUACUCCCCAGAUGGGAGGUGUCUGUUUAAGUAUCAAGCCUAUGAGAGUGGACUGGGUGUAAAAACUGUAUCAUGGUCUCCAUGUGGUCAAUUUCUUGCAGUUGGUAGCUAUGAUCAGAUGUUGCGGGUUCUGAAUCACCUAACAUGGAAAACUUUUGUUGAGUUUAUGCACUUAUCUACUGUUCGGGCCCCUUGUUAUGCUGCUGUUUUUAAGGAAAUAGAUGAGCCAUUGCAACUUGAUAUGUCUGGGCUGUGUCUGGAUGAUGACUUUAUACAAAGCCAUUCUGAUGCUUCUGAAGGACACUUCAGAGUCAGAUAUGAGGUUAUGGAAGUUCCCCUCACUCUACCUUUCCAGAAGCCUCCAGCAGACAAACCUAAUCCUAAACAAGGAAUUGGUCUUCUGUCUUGGAACAAAGAUAGCCAGUAUAUAUGUACUCGUAAUGACAGCAUGCCAACCACUCUCUGGAUUUGGGAUGUACGUCACCUUGAGCUUGCUGCUAUCUUGGUCCAGAAGGAUCCUAUUCGAGCUGCUGCAUGGGACCCAAUAUGCACACGUCUUGUUCUUUGCACUGGGAGCUCACACUUGUAUAUGUGGACUCCAUCUGGUGCUUACUGCGUUAGUAAUCCACUUCCACAAUUUAACAUACUUGAUCUCAAGUGGAAUUCAGACGGGAGUUGUCUUCUUCUAAAAGACAAAGAGUCAUUUUGCUGUGCUGCUGUACCUCCUCUGCCAGAAUCUAGUGAAUAUAGCUCGGAUGAUUGAAGUAUGUUUUUCCAAAAUUGUCAAUUGGAUUGGAAUUUUAUAAAAAAUCUUGAAUUAUGCCUGUUUGAUAAGUUGGACAUUCCUCUUUUAACUUUUUGUGUAAGUAAUUAUGUCAUUCAGUUGUUUCAAAUUACUUUAUAAUACAGUUGUUCUUGAAAAAGAAAUUAAAAGGU